CGACGCACACCUCGCGCGCCCGCCAUGGUUCGCCUGCGCCGUCCCUCGCUCCCGACAUCGGUCCUGCCCAAGCUGGGCCGCUCCCUGUCGGGCGAGCUCACCACCGACCGCCUCCUCACCCUCCUUGCCCACCUCCGCCUCCUGUACGCCGCACCACCACAAGACGGCGCCGCUCACCCGGACGAGGAGACGGUCCAGGACUGGCCCUACUCGCGCGAGGUCGAGGAGGACGACGGCGUCGACCCGCUCCAUGCGCACGACGCGUUCGAGCGCACGUGGGCCGUCAACUGGCUCAACCUCGUCGUUAAGCGCGGCGAGGGGUGGAUGGCCGAGGCCGACGAGAUGGGCGACGAGGGCGAGAAGGAGGUCCGCGCGAGGAUAGUCGAGGAGGCGGCCCAGCUCGUGUCGCUCAUGUCGGCCACGUCCGAGGGCGGCUCCAUCCUCCGUCCGCUUCUCCUUCCGACCUGCCUCCCCGACGCCAACCCGCAAACCGAGCCCCUCCUCAUCACGCUCAACGACGGCCUCCCCUCGUCCCUCGACCCGACCUCGGUCGGCCUCCAGUCGUGGGGCUCGAGCAUCAUCCUCGCCCGCAUGAUCGCCCUCGACCCGCUCACGUUCGGCCUCGGCGUGCCCGAGCAUCGCGCGCUCGAGCUCGGCGCAGGGACGGGCCUCCUGUCGCUCGUGUGGAAGGGCAUGAGCGAGCGGCUCGGCGCGCCCAGCGAGGUGUUCGCGACCGACUACCACGAGGCCGUCCUCGACAACCUCAAGCGCAAUGUCGAGGCCAACUCGGCGGCCAUCACGCCCAUCACGUCGCCGGCAGGGUCGCCCUACAUCAACCCGGCCGACUCGUCAACCAACGUGUCGAGCCUCGCGUCGUCGUCGUCGUCGCUCCCCGUCCAGGCGCACAAGCUCGACUGGUCGGCCGUGCACUCGUCGCGCGCGUUCGCCGCCGCAUCGAGCCGAGGGCAGCCCGUCACGAUCAGCAUGCCGCCGCCGUUCGACAAGCCGUUCCACACACUCCUCGCGGCCGACGUCGUGUACGGGCCCGAGCACGCCCAGUGGCUCAAGAGCUGCGUCGAGCAGUUCCUCGUCAAGCCCGACAGCGCCGAGGCGCAGGGCCAGGUGGCGCACGACGCGGCCGAGGCGGUCCCGACGAGCUCGAUCGCGUCGCUGUCGCUCGAGGACACGCAGGACAAGGCGGUGCCGAUCCCGACGCGGCCGGCGCUGCACUCGACCGAGUCGACGGCGGUCGAGGACGGCGCGGCGACGCACACGGCCAAGACGACGUCGACGGGCGGCGAGGCGGCCGGCGAGGCGUCGCGCGGCAAGUACAGCCCGGCGUUCCACCUCAUCGUGCCGCUGCGGCCGACGCACGUCGAGGCGAUCGCGAGCAUCAAGGACGUGUUCCCGCGCAAGGAGGACCUGCCGCCGAGGAGGGAGGGCGAGCCGUGGCGGGUCGCGGUCGAGAGCGUGACCGAGAUUGAGCGGGUCAAGGGGGUCGGGCGGGCCGACGAGGAGAACUACCGGCUGUACAGGAUUGCGUUUGCGUAGCUCUUACUGCAUGUGACACUGUUGCCCUGUC